GGAAAUGCCCGGGAGUGUCUGUCACCUGCCUCAGACGACUUGUUGAUUCCUAAGAGUGUCGCCGUUUUGGUCUGUGCGUAGACUCUGGACGAAGACCUAGCUCACCUUGCCCAGAGCGGCCCGAGGGAGCUCCUAAGUGGUUCCCGAGUGCGCACACACCCCCAACCUCACAACUAUGAGCAAGUUGGGCAAGUUUUUUAAAGGUGGGGGCUCUAAGAGCCGAGCGGCUCCCAGCCCCCAGGAGGCCCUGGCCCGACUUCGGGAGACGGAGGAGAUGCUGGGCAAGAAACAAGAGUACUUGGAAAACCGAAUCCAAAGAGAACUCACCCUGGCCAAGAAGCACGGCACGCAGAAUAAGCGAGCUGCAUUACAGGCACUAAAGAGAAAGAAGAGGUUUGAGAAGCAGCUCACCCAGAUCGAUGGCACACUAUCCACCAUUGAGUUCCAGAGAGAAGCCCUGGAAAACUCACACACCAACACCGAGGUGUUAAGGAACAUGGGCUUUGCAGCAAAAGCCAUGAAAGCAGUCCAUGAAAACAUGGAUCUAAACAAAAUAGACGAUUUGAUGCAAGAGGUCACAGAGCAACAGGAUAUUGCCCAAGAAAUUUCAGAAGCUUUUUCUCAACGGGUCGGAUUUGGCGAUGACUUUGAUGAGGAUGAGUUGAUGGCAGAACUUGAAGAACUGGAGCAGGAGGAACUAAAUAAGAAGAUGACAAAUAUCCGACUUCCAAAUGUGCCUUCCUCCUCACUCCCAGCACAGCCGGACCGAGUGCCAAGCAUGUCCUCUGUACAUCGAACCCGAGCAGUAUCUUCCAGGAGGACAGAAGAAGAUGAUGACUUCAAACAAUUGGCAGCCUGGGCUACUUAAACUAACAUGGGAAUUUUUUAUAUCUUUUUAAUGAGCUAUACAAAGACAUGAAAAAAAAUGUCCAGUUCAGAAGUUCAUAAAAAAAGACUGGUUUAUAUUUGCACUAGAGGAAUUAUCCUUUCAGCCUCAGAAGUAAAAGUUAUAAAAGGAGUCUUAUGUAGACAGAAUCAGGGGGAAAAGGGACUCUCUGGCAGCUUCUUCAAGGAUUCCUCCUCACUGGUGGGGGAAUCCUACCUUGAUCACUACUGUGUUUCCAAUUCUAGCACAUAGUUGGUGCUUUCUGUGUGUUUGUUGAAAGAAAACUGAAUUCUGCUAACACAAACAGCACAUAACAGUUUGUAAUUAAUUUAGGAGAGAUAUGUUUAGGAUAACUGUGGGGGAAAUCUCUUGUUACUAUGCAAGUACAAGUUUGCUGUGUUGACCCACAUUAGCAGAGAUAUAGCCCAUGGUAAUUGUAAACACACUGCCUCUUAGGAGGGACUUCUUAUAGAGAUGUCUUGUAUAAGUCUAUCCAUAAGUAGUUUCACUUGAGUUUUGCCGUUUAAAAUCUUAAAGGAGCUUUAAUUGACAUUUAUUAUGCCAAUUAAGCUUGGAAUGGGACAAUGGAUGCAUUUCCCAAAAUGUCUGAAAGCACUAACAGCUUACACUGCUGAGCAAGAAUCCUCUGGGUGUAAUUUAGCCACUUAGGGAGCUGCAUUAACAUUCCCAGGCCAUUAUGAUGCUGUUAUGGCUUUAGCGUGCUAAUGUGUGAAUGCUCAUUCUUUUUUCUAUUGUACUCUAUUAUAUAUUUCUUUACA